AUGAGCAUUCCAAUGUGCCCUUGCAGUAUCGAGACAUUAAUUCUCAAAGAUGUCCAUCACUUUUCAGCAGAUGGUCUAAAUUCGGCCCGCCAUCUAUUAAAAUUCUUUCCUGUUGGGUAUAUCCCGCAAGUUUACGACUUUUUGACGAGUUGA